AUGGCGUCAAAUGCCAGUCCUCCUUCUAAUGACAAAGACAGUCUGGAUGGUAAUGGCAAUGACUUUGCAAUUGAUGAGAGCUUCUUCGCCUUCACCCCGCGCAGACUCCGCGUUGUGUGCGUCGGCGCCGGAUUCUCAGGCCUGAUAAUGGCGUACAAGUUGAAACAUGAGCGGCCGCUCAGUUUUGUCGAUUUUACUAUCUAUGAGAAGAAUCCUGAAGUUGGAGGAACGUGGUAUGAGAAUGUUUACCCGGGGGUGGGAUGUGACAUCCCCAUUCCAUUUAUGCACAUGCCUAUCGCGUCGCUAAUUGUGAAAGAUAGCUACAUCUUCUACUUCAACCCGAACCCCGACUGGUCGCAGUGCUACGCCAAGGGCCCGGAGAUCCAGCAGUACAUCCUGGACACGGCAGAGAGGUACGGACUGAGGGAGAGGAUUCAGUUUAAGACGAAAGUCAUCAGCUCAAUCUGGAACGAUAAGGAGGGCAAAUGGGACCUGAGGUUGCAGCGUGGAAAGGAGGUGUUCGAGGAUAAGGCUGACGUGUUGAUUAAUGGAAGCGGAGUGCUCAACAAGCCUGAUCAGAAAGGGGGCAGGGACCCUUCCUACGACUGGACAGAUAAGAGAAUCGCUGUCAUCGGUAACGGCUCGUCAGGUCUCCAAGUCGUCCCAGCGCUUCAGCCAAAGGCUAGCAAGAUCGUCAACUACAUCCGGCACCCAACCUGGAUAUCCGUGAACAUAGCUGGCGACAUCACAAAAGACCACAGAGGGACAAAUUUCGCCUACACAGAAGAGGAGAAGAAGUUGUACCGCGAGAACCCUGAGGCAUUCCUAGAGUACCGAAAGUAUGUCGAGCGCAGCGUUAACAGCGUGUUUAAAAUCAUGCUCUCAGGCUCAGAGGAGAACAAAUUCCUCUCCAACCUCGUCAGCCACGUGAUGCGAGAGCGUCUUUCGAAAAACCCGUAUCUGAUUGAGAAACUCAUACCUGAUUACGAGAUCGGCUGUCGGAGACUCAGUCCAGGGGAUGGGUACCUGGAGGCCAUGCAAGCCGACAAUGCGCGGUUCUGUUUCAAUCGUAUAGUUUGCAUCACUCCCCAAGGGAUUCGCACAGUAUCAGAGUCUGGGACAGAGUCGGAUGAAGAGUUCGACCUGAUCGUUUGCGCAACAGGCUUUAACACCUCCUUCAUCCCCGCCUGGACGCUCAUCGGCCGAGACGGGCGCCGUCUCGAUCACGAGUGGAAGGAAAUCCCCACAGCAUAUUUCUCGCUCUGUGCAGGAGGAAUGCCAAAUUAUUUUGUGUUUGGGGGGCCGAAUGCGCCAAUAGGGCAUGGAUCUAACCCUCUAAUAAUGGCCUGGAAUGCCGACUAUAUGCUAGACUGGAUCGAGAAGAUUGCAACGGAAGAUAUAAAGUCUGUUGUCGUGAAAGACUCCAUUGUCCACGCCUUCAACCGAUACGCAGCAGAGAAUCUAAAGCGUUGUGUGUGGUCCAAGGGGUGCACCGCCUGGUAUAACAAGCAGAAUGGCUCUGGAGAGGGAAAUACCGUCACCGCAUUGUAUCCGGGGAGUGCUCUGCACUAUAAAGAAUACAUCAAGACCAUCCGCGGCGAGCACUUUGAUAUCCGGUAUAAUACGUCAAAUCCGUUCCGGUUCCUGGGAAAUGGAGAGCUGGAGAUGGAAAGGAAUGGCGGGGAUACGGCUUAUUACCUGCAGUGA